AUGAUUUUGGAGGCAACCACGGAGGUAUAUAGACUCUGCGCUGGUGGACACAAUGAAUCUAUGGAGGCAACCAUGGAGGUGAUAAACCAAACGAAGGACCAGGUGAUUAUAGAGGCAACCACGGAGCUGAUAAACCAGGCGGAGGACCCGGUAAUUAUGAAGGCAACCAUGGAGGUGAUAGACCUGGCAAUGGACCCAGUGAUUAUGGAGGCAACCAUGGAGGUGAUAAACAGGUGCAGGCACACGUAUGAUAUCUGGAGGGCAACAGGAGAGAUGUGGGGACUCGUAAUUGUGGAGGUGGGACAUGGAAAUGGUUGUUUAUGGAGACAACCUGUUCAUGGUUAUAAUGAAAGAACUACAAAGAGUUUAGGUCCUUUACUCCAACCCCAAGUGAAAUGGAAUUUUNACCAUGGAGGUAAUAGACCUGGCGAUGGACGUAGUGAUUAUGGAGGCGAUCAUGGAAGUGAUAAACCUGACAAAGAACACAAUGAUUAUGGAGGAAACCAUGGAGGUGAUAAACCAGAUGGAGGACCCGAUCAUUAUGGACACAACCAUGAAGGUCAUAAACCAGGCGAAAGACAUGAUGAUUAUGGAGGCAACCACGGAGGUUAUAGACCUGGUGGUGGACCCAGUAACUAUGGAGGCGAUCAUGGAGGUGAUAAACCAGGCGAAGGACCAGGUGAUUAUAGAGGCAACCACGGAGCUGAUAAACCAGGCGGAGGACCCGGUAAUUAUGAAGGCAACCAUGGAGGUGAUAGACCUGGCAAUGGACCCAGUGAUUAUGGAGGCAACCAUGGAGGUGAUAAACCAGGUGAAGGACACGAUGAUUCUGGAGGCAACCAUGGAGGUAAUAAACCAGGCGGAGGAUCAGGCGAUUAUGGAGGUGACCACAAAGGCAACCAUGGAGGUGAUAAAUCAGGGGGUGGACCCGGUGAUUAUGGAGGCGAUCAUAGAAGUGAUAAACCUGGAGGUGGUGGUGGAGUCGGUGACUAUGGAAACAACCAUGGAGGUAAUAAACCAGACAAUGGACCCAAUGGAGACGACCAUCAAGGUGAUAAACCUGGUGGUGGACCCAGUGAUUACAGAGGCGAUCAUGGAGGUGGUAAAUCUCAUGGAGGUGAAUCAAGAGAUGGUGGACUCGGUAAUUGUGGAAGUGGACAUGGAAAUGGUGUUUAUGGAGACAACCUUGUUCAUGGUUAUAAUGGUGAAGCUCCUUGAGAUUACGAUGACAAGCCUAGUGAUAAAUAAAAUGGAAAGCCUCGUGGAUUUGGCAUUAAGAAUUAUCUUAAAGACCAUAAUUAGAUAAUUUAUGAACAAGUUAUGUUAACUCCUAAAGAGUAUGUUGUCAUCCUUAUAUGAACACAAAGUAGUGGAAUGUUAUCCACUUAAUAGAACUUUAUUUAACCUAAAUAAUAUUAUUUAUUAUAU